CUCUGGAUUCCAUAUUCCAUCUAUCGUUUAUCAGAUCGACAGAAUAGCCCUGGUUGGCAUUCUGUUUACUACAACACGGAAUCAACACUGCAACUCAGAACUUGCUUCAAAAUGAAGAACACAUUCGCUAUCUACGCCUUCCUGGCCUCAACUGUCUCUGCGCACAUGCAGAUGAGCGACCCCUAUCCCAUUCGCAGCCCUCUGAAUCCAAAUGGCGGGGACAACAAGGAUUAUUCCUACACCAGCCCUCUGUCCUCCUCAGGAUCCGACUACCCAUGCAAAGGAUAUCAGAAUGAUGCAUUCAAAUCGGUUGCUACAUACCAAGCGGGCCAGCAAUACGGCAUGUCAUUGUCUGGCAGCGCCACGCAUGGCGGCGGCUCGUGUCAAUUGUCCCUCUCUUACGACACCGGCAAGACAUUCACUGUCAUUGAGUCAAUGGAAGGUGGAUGCCCUCUGACUUCCAACUAUACGUUCACCAUCCCCUCGGACGCUCCAUCUGGAAACGCUCUUUUUGCCUGGAGCUGGUUUAACAAGAUUGGUAAUCGGGAAAUGUAUAUGAACUGCGCCCAGGUUACUAUCAAGGGCGGUUCUAGCAAACGUGCUCAUGCCCGUGAUCUCCUCGCUGCUCGUGCGGGAACUGCUUACAGCUCUCGUCCUCCAAUGUUCAUUGCCAACGUCAACGGACCUGGUGGUUGCACAACUACUGCCGGUCAAGAAGUUAAAUUCCCUGAGCCUGGACCUGAUGUCGUGGGAAGUGUGGCAGACACUGGUUAUACCUGCUCUGGCUCUGCAGACUUCCUCGGCUCUGGUGGGUCGUCUGGUGGUUCGUCUGGAGGCUCUUCAUCUAGUGGUAGCUCUGGAAGUUCAUCCACUACAACCGCUACAUCAAGCUCAGCCACCCCUGCUUCUGGCUCUGGCUCUGGCUCUGGCUCUGGCUCUGGCUCUGGCUCUGGCUCUGGCUCUGGCUCUGGUUCUGGUUCUGGCUCUGGCUCUGGCUCUGGCUCUGGCUCUGGCUCUGGCUCUGGCUCUGGCUCUGGCUCUGGCUCUGGCUCUGGCUCUGGCUCUGGCUCUGGCUCUGGCUCUGGCUCUGGCUCUGGCUCUGGCUCUGGCUCUGGCUCUGGCUCUGGUUCUGGUUCUGGCUCUGGUUCUGGCUCUGGUUCUGGUUCUGGUUCUGGGGCAGGCUCAUCCACUACCACAACCCCCAUUAACACCGCUCUACCCACGACCACCAGUACUGCGCCUAAAGUCAUCGCCACCGAAGGCACUGCAGCUGGCCAAGCCUGCUCCACUGGCGGCGCCAUCGUCUGCGGAGCCAAUGGCCAGACGUGGUCUAUGUGUGCCGAAGGCCGUAUAACAAGCAUGGGCUCCGUCGCCGCCGGCACCACCUGCUCAAACGGCGCCAUUAGCAAGCUCUAAACUAUCCUACAUCCAUUCUUUUGUUCUUCAUCGAGCCAAGUCUGAGGUACCCUCGUUAUCUCUUGUUCAUACACUCGUUCCUUCGGCCACAUUUGGCCAUCACUCUUCACGUUACGGCCUUUCUUGUCCAAUCACAUUGUAAUGCAGCCACAACACGUGCAGUAAGCAUGUGUCGAAAAGUAGCCGACAAGGGCAGGUCCCUGUCUGCGCUUCUUCAUUUCAUGUCUUUUUAAGGUUCCAGGGCUUGGAUUUCCUAAGGCGGUAUUCUUGGUUAACCAUAGUAGUUGGUGCAGUAGUUAGUUUAGAUAGAAGAAUAAACGAUCAUGCCAUCACCACCUACAUCCCAUUA